AACCCAAAGCAGAGCGUUGCUUGGCGAUCAUUCGUGCGACGUCGUUUAUUUAUUAGCCGAGUGGCAUUUCCAAUAGUUGAAGCUACGCCACUGUUUGGGUUAAUGUUAUUUUAAGCGGGCGCUGUGUUGUGGUUUCACUUUUAAAAUGAAAAAAGCAACAAAAAAUUACCAUAGUUGAAAAUAAGUCGCCGAAGUGAUCGUUUGUAGUUGGAAUGUUAUUCUGUGCGUUGGUUUUCUUAUCAAAUUGCAAGAAUUCAAUAAAAGUUGACAUGAAGCCCAGUCAAUUGCUCUCGAUUCGAAAGCUAUUUUUUUGACGUCGUCGUCGACGUUCCAAAGAUAACGGAAACUUGAAAAACGUGCACGCUCAUUUCAAAAUGAAAUUGAAUUGUGUGGUAUCUCAAUUUGCGUAAUGUUAUUUAGAAAACGAUAAAUUAAUGUGUCCCGCGUGUGUGUUCAGGAUUUUCUCUUCUGGCCACAGUGCCCAGAAAUUAUGAAUUGAAAAUCAUACACAUUCAUAAAGUGCAUGCAAAACGAUUAUUUUGUCUACGUUCAGUUAACGACAACGAUGAAGAAAAAAAGAAGUCAGUCUACUUGUUCCGCACCAGUUCGAUGCCGAUUCCCAUUCAUUUUAAAAAAGUAGAGAAAAAAAGAACGUCAGCGACAAAACAAAACCACAAAAGAAAGCGAACAAAAAUAUGUAUGGCAAAUUUGAUUCUAAUGUGUAAGCAAAAAUGUUUGUGUGCUGUUGUGUGGUGUCUCCUUUUGCAACAUUUUCGUUAAAACGAUUGUAACAUCGUCGUCGUCGGCGGCGGUGCGGUCGAUGCGUUCUGAAUGAAAAAAAAAUAAUGAAAAAACCGAGAAACAAAGUGCCGCAAUAUCGAAUUACACGUGGAAUGAAAAGUGUCGCUGUGAAUUCUGGCAUUUUUUAAACUUACAACAAAAGCCGAAAAAACAACAAUUUAUGUUUAUGGGUUUUUAUGACUUUUUGCUAUGACUUGCAACAUCAACACUUCUUGGAAAUUCAGUUAUGUAUGCUCAUGCGUUGAGACGAACAGUUUGUUUUAGUUUGUUCAUGACAUUUACACGGUGUGCACCAUGCGAAAUGUAAAUACUAUUGUUUAGUUGUGGAAAGAUCUGUGAACAAGAAAAAGUAGAAGAAGAAGAAGAAGAAGAAGAAGAAACGCUUGAAAUAGAAAUGCUGAUGAUAAAAACCUGUUUAUUAUGUUCUUGGUCAUUGGAAUAUAAUUCACCUUUUUGCGCUCAUAAACAUAGGUUUUGUGCUAGCUAAAGAACAAUCGUUGAGUGAAAAUGUCGGAUUGUGCUGUGGAAAAUGUUGAAUGCAUCGAAACAUCAGAAGAAAAAUAACGAACGAACCAGCAAUAGCAACUAACUUUAUAGAACCAUAAAUCAAAACGAAAACCAAAACCAUCUGAGCGAAAGAAAUAUUUUCUACUGCUGUUGUUCUACCGAACAGAGUGAAACAAGUGUCGAGUUAAACAUAAUUAUUUUGGUGAAGUUUGGCGUCGCGUUUUUCCUCUCUUUCACUUGCUGAGUUUUUUGGUCAAUGUACAUUGUACAUCGAUUUAGAAUCAGUGAUGUGUUUAAAUGUCGAAUCUGCCGAUAAAACGGAUAAAUUGAUUUAAAGCCAUAACAAGCCAUUGUUAGUUGAAAACACAACGAACUCUUUCGGAAAAACCGCAUUGUAAGUGAGAAAUUUCGGGAGAUAAAAAAACAUUCUUGCAUCGAACACAACACAAAAAUGGGAAAAUCAUCAAGUAAAUUGAAAACGCCACGGCGAAGCCAAAGUAUGGCAUGGAAUUUUCGAUUUUCCACACUGAGCAAAAAGGAAAUGGGUCCAAUAAUGGUAUUGCCGCGACAUCCACACUUCGAAAUAUCCGCUUGGCUCGAGAUGCUCGACUUGCCGCAGUACAACAAAAGCUUUUCCAAGUUCAUCGGUGUGGAGGAAUUGAUAUACUUUUGCGAAGCCGAUAUCAAACAACUAGGGGUUCGAAACUCGGCUCACCGGGCGCGUAUCGUAUCCAGUUUGGUGGCGUUUCGUGAUAAAUACGAACAUGGUUCAUCAAGUACUGUGACUACCUUUAAUCGAAAGACAACCGCGCGAAAAACGCAACGCUACAGUAUGGUUCAAGACAAGAAGCAGAAAGAAACCGUACCAAUAUACGAGGCACUAAACACAGCGGAAACCAAACAAAAACAAAGUAAAAGUCUGGGCGAUCUAUUAGAUAUGGAACAACCAGCAACAAACAGAGAUGCAACAAACGGCGGUAGCGGUGCAUCGACACCAAUUACACCAACACAAGAAUCGAUUGCACUGAAGAAGGCGCUCGAAUGGGAAUUGUCGUUGGAUAAAACCGAUUUACGUUCGCAUGCAUGGUACUAUGCGUCAAUACCACGGCAACGUGCCGAAGAACUUGUUGAAAAGGAAGGCAACUUUCUCGUGCGAGACUGUGUGUCACAGCCCGGCAACUACGUGCUCACAUGCAUGACAAAGGGAUCCAUUCUACAUUUUGUCAUAAAUAAGGUUUUAAUUCAGCCCGACACAGUGUACGAACGUGUGCAAUAUCAAUUUGAGGAUGAUGCAUACGAUACCGUGCCCGAUUUAAUUACAUACUACGUUGGCUCUGGUAAAUCAAUUUCGGCCGCAUCUGGAGCACGCAUUCGACAUCCGUGCAAUCGCACAUAUCCGCUAUCAUUUUAUGCAACCAAAUAUGGAAUCAACCAAUCGAUUGCCAGCUCACGAGGUGUCAGCCCAUUGAAUUCACCAUCACUGGUUAACGUUGGCUUUAGAUAUCCGUCAUAUAGCCAGCUAAUUGGCAUUAACCAUUCAUAUCAUAGUCCACGAUCGUCCCCACCGCAUGUCAAACGAGAUAUACCACCGCGACUACCGUCGAAAAAACAACGAUCACAUUCGCUGACACCCAUUCAACCCGGUCAAACCAUGACCGCCUGCUCUAUCAUUCGCAAUUCAAAUGAAAAGUAUUGCAGUGCCGAUGGCGUUGUACGAGAGAAAAACAGCGAGUCGAAUGGAUCGUUAAAUAAAAAGAUCGAAAAGCAUUUAAUUCUGGAGGAUAAGUGUAAUAUUGCCAAAGAUUGUGUGGAUUCGCCAAAUGAGAAUUCGACCGAUGCACUUAACCGUGCAAAUAUUGGUCAUUUGUCGUUUGGCCGUACAUCAUUCGACGGGCCCAUCAAUCACAGUCUCAACACACACUCUCUGCCUCGGCAUAAUGCAAACAAUGGCUUUCGUGGUGGCAUUCAACGCAAUUUGAUCCAUUCACGAACGGCCAGUUUAACCCGUGACGGUAGUCUUGAUGGAUGUACAUUUAAUCGGUCAUCGUUUCGCAAGCAGUUUGAGGAAGAGGAAGAGGCAAUCACACCGACCGAUGAACGAAUUACCUCACCACCACCAAAACCAAAUCGUUCGAUGCUAAAUCUGCGACAUGACAGCACAAUGACACUCAAAGAUCUGCCACUGGAUGGUGGGCCACAGUUAAAUCGUGUGGUAUCAUAUCAUGCGAGUGGCUCAGAUUCGGGCAAUGGGUCAGGUGAUUCAGCACAAAGUUCAGCGGCUAAUGAUACACUCGCCGAAGGAUUUCAGCAACCACAACGUGUCGGUGGUGUUGUUAUUCGUAACCCGAAAUUCCUAUCAAAUUCCGCUUCAUCGACGACACUAAAGAGCUAUGCCGAAUUCGAUUACACCGAGAUUGAAAAUAAUUUAAUGGCGAUGGAAAUUCCCGAGCUCGAACAAUGCUCGAAAUUCGAUUUGGAGAAUUUCACCACACUUUUAUUGCCAGCAAUCGAAAAUAAACCAUUGGACAACGAUGCAUUGAACACGAUCCGAAUAAUGCUGAGCGAAACAGCGCCACGAGUUAUUGCCAAUCACAUGAGUCGCAUCGAUUUUAAACUACUUUUGGACGGCGCUUCCAAGACUGAAAACAAUGAAGAGAGCAUUUUCAACUGCAGCGGCAUCGAGUUGAUCACCUUGAGCCACGGCGAACAAUUUAGAAAGGACUUAAUCGAACGCACUGAAUGUAUACGACUACUAGUUGCUGUCACCGUUUUAACAUGCUCCGAUGAUUCGGAACGAGCUGAAACGAUCAAUAAAUGGAUUCAAAUUGCGACUGAUACGAAAACAGCACUGGGUAAUCUCUAUGGGUUUAGCAAUAUCAUGCUGGGAUUGUGCAUGCCACAGAUUGAACAAUUGGAGUCGACCUGGUAUAUGCUGCGACAAAAGUACACUGAUAGCGCAUUCAAUUUUGAAGCCAAGCUAAGACCUCAAUUCAAGAAUAUGAAUAGCUGUACAAAUCCUUUGGCGCCAAACACAACAGUUCCACACAUUUUACCAUUCAUUUUGCUAAGAGAUCGAACUGUCACCGAUAUGCUAAACCAUAUGAAUCAACCUGGCCCACCGUCAUCAUUGGCAACGGUUUGCAUUUUGCACUGGGAGAAUAGUUCAGCUGACUUUGGUCUAACAACCGUUCACGCACAUUUAGAAGCACUACGAAACUUCAGCAACAAUCUUACUUUGUAUCGACGCAACGCACAAGCCGUGCUCACCGACAAUCGGAUCGAUGAACUACUUGAAGAUUCUUUCAGAACCGAAUUCCAUAUGAAAUUCUUAUGGGGCAGCAAAGGAGCGCACGCUCCAGCUGUUGAACGGCACACAAAACUUGGAGAAAUUCUGUCGCUAAUGGCACAGAAAUUCUGUGGAGGAUCAAAUUCAACCCUUAAUGGAGGUCAAUCUGGGUAGAACAAUGCACAAAUUCAGUAAUUUCACAUGGACAAUAAAGUGAUAAAACCGAAUAAAUCCAAAUGAAAUUCGAAUAUCAAACUCACCCUUUCUAUGUGCAAAAAUCAACAUAAACUAUGUAAUAAUCGCUCUACAUGUCAUGUGUAUGGCUAAAACUUAAACUAAAAAAUGUGAAAAUUGAUGGUAGAAUUUAAAGCACAAACGCCAUUCGUUUGGCGAAACAAAAUAUGUUCGACAAUGGAAGAAGACGAAAAAAAUGAAUCGAAACUAGUCAGAAUGCCCUUAAAAUACCAUAUUUGUAAGACGAAAACGUGUAUUGGUUUUGGAAGAAAAUCCAAUUUAUUUAUUAUUUGAUGUAUAUUUUUCUUUAUUUGAUAUCGUUCAAUUUCAAUUUUAUCUCUAUUUGUUUCCCGAUUUUUGUGAUACUAAUAAUUUUAAGGAGAGUUGUUGUUAUGUUAAAUUAUAUUGAAAAGAAGACAAAAACCAAGCAAAAAAGAUGGUUUUGGAAUAAAUUAUGCGUAUCUGUAGAGCAUACACUGUGUUGACACACUGGUAGCUACAGAGAAUCAAUGGACAAUUGGACAUAGCUAAAACAAA